CGUAGUGUUCGUCACGGGUAUACAGCAACGCAGCAGCAGUCUCACACAGCGAUGAGCUAGCGUCGCGUCGGCUUUGUGCGCUGCUCUCUCACUCGUCUUGUUUUGCCGUUCACCAGGAAAAACAUCUCUCAUUAAAAGACAGAGAAAGAAGAAAGAGAGAGACGCGAGCAUACGAGUGAUGCAGUGCGUGGCGGGAAUUGGCUAAAACAACCCAUGUUCAUUAGGACAAGGAUGCGGCAGCGGCAGCAGAGCUCCAAAUACCUGCAGGUCACGUGAGAAAGUUAUGAUUUCUGCUCGCUGACCGCUUCAGGUUUGAAACUUUAAAGUCGAAAAAAGUGCUGACGCGUGAGAAAAGAUGACGGUGUCUUAUACAGCGGAAGUUGCCACGUGCAGAGGCUUUGGCUGCUUUCUCAAACUAUUGCUCAGAUGGAGAGCCAGCGUUUACAAGCUGAUAUGGACAGAUCUGCUACUAUUCCUCAUGAUCUACUACUCGUUAUCAACGUUGAACCGUUACGGCCUCGACGAGGCACAGAAAAAAGUAUUCGCUCGAGUGGUGGAAUUCUGUCGGAAGCACACGUCAUCAAGCCCCUUGUCAUUCGUCUUAGGUUUCUACGUGUCGGUGGUGAUGAAUCGUUGGUGGAGUCAAUACGUGUCGAUACCAUGGCCCGAUUCGAUAGCCGUAUUCGUCUCGGCGACGAUCCACGGCAACGACGAACGUGGACGUCUUAUGAGGCGAACUAUUGUCAGAUAUGUCUGUGUGUGCCUUACCCUGGUGUUGGCGAACGUAUCACCACGUGUGAAGAAGCGGUUUCCCACAUUGGAGCACUACGUAGACGUGGGCUUACUGCAAGAGAACGAGCUUGCAAUCUUUCACAGUCUCAACAGUAAAUUUCCAAAACCAAGCAAACAUUGGCUACCAAUAGUGUGGGCAUCGAGUAUUGUAACUCGUGCACGCAAAGAAGGUCGUAUUCGAGAUGAUUUUGCGGUCAAAACACUCAUCGACGAAUUGAAUAAAUUUCGUGGUUCCUGUGGCAGUCUCAUUCAUUAUGAUACCAUCAGUAUACCCCUUGUCUACACUCAAGUCGUUACCAUUGCCGUGUACACAUACUUUUUGACGAAUGUCAUUGCUCAACAGUACAUCGAAGUUGAGGCGGAAGAUAUGAGACAUACCGUUGAUAUUUACUUUCCUGUUUUUACCGUUCUCGAGAUGUUCUUUUAUAUGGGUUGGCUCAAAGUCGCCGAAACUCUCAUCAAUCCAUUUGGCGAAGAUGAUGAUGACUUCGAAGUUAAUUGGAUUGUCGACAGAAACUUGCAGGUUAGCUACUUAAUAGUCGACGAGAUGCAUCACGAGCAUCCUGAGCUUCUUCGUGAUCAGUAUUGGGACGAAGUUUUCCCAACGGAAUUGCCAUACACAGCCGCAGCCGAGCCAUUCAGAGAAGAGCACCCCGAGCCGUCGACAGCAGGCAUACAAUUAUCAGCAGCUCAACAGGAAUUACAACCGUCGUCCGUGCGAAUCGACGAGAUGGAAAAGGAGUAUGCACAAAAGUAUGGAAACGACAUGAACGACGAUGCCAUAUCGGGUAUUCAUUUCAUUGCCGGUGGUGGUGGUGGUGGUGGUAAAAUUUCGAGGAGUGGAAGUCGUGUAAGUAAUCGCGAUAGAGCGAUAAGUACGGGCUCGACGCCAAGUAAUAUCGGUGGCUCGUUGACAAGGAUCAACAGUGUCACAAACGUACUUAAACGGAUAUUCAGCAAAGACGACAGAACUGACGGUACUAAAACUCCCGGUAGGAUUACCAACUCCAUUUCGUCUAAUUCCUUGAAAGCUAAUGAAAGUGGACGUGGAAAGAUAGGCGUGAUUGAGGAAGUGGACGAGCAAUUAACCUCACUACCGACGCGACAAGAAAAUUAUCCACACGUACAAAGUAUUUUUGCCCAAGGUCCACCACCACCUAGUGCACCUAUGGAUGUACCUGGUAGUGCACCUACAACGCAUAAUGGCGGUACCAUCUUGUCGACUAGUGCCCCUGUUGCCGGACUCAGUGGCUCGGCUGAAAGUGCGGGCUCAACCUCCGGGACUGCCAGGUACCAUGGCACGAGAGCUCGGAUGUCAGUACCAGCAAACGUCUUUAACAAUACAAGAUAUCAUCGGGAGCGACGCGACAGUACACACAGUACGAGUUCAAGUUCGAGCGUAGAUGAUGAAUUUGAGAAGCUUAAAUUUGAACGUAACAAACUGCGUAAAGAAAAAGUCAUACGCAAGCUCAGCCGCACUGUGAGUAAUCGAGCAAGUGGUGAAGUACCAUCGCUCGAUGCCAAUGACGCCGAAAUGCUUCUUAGUGAAUUAGCCACAUCAUCCAGACGAUACUUACAUCCAUCAGAUUGUGAAGACAAAGACAAGGAGCUUUAGUAGCACAAUUUAGUCAAUAUCUCACAUGUUAUUUUUCUAUUUCAUUCCACUGGCUGAAUUCUAAGAAAAUUGAUGAUGUGAUAAUCAAACCAUAGUGAAACAAACGUUUUCAUGGAAUUCUCUUUGUUAAAUUAUUGCGAAGCCAUAUACUUAGCAUGUUGAGUGAAGAAGACAAUACAAUUUUACGACAGUAUUUCUUCUUUAAUGUGUAUAUAUUUAUAUAGUUAUAUUCAACGAAUAACUUUUUUGUCACUUAUUAACCAGCGAGCGUCUAAGCUUUUAUACACAAACUUUUUUUUUCUUUUGAUUAUGCGUAUUUAAAAGAAAAGGUAUCAGUGCAUUCAUGCUCAGUAGUGUCAAAGAUGCGCAGAACUAUAUGAAUCAAAUACAAAGUGUGCAAUCACGUGAUUCAAUUACGAAAACUCGGAAUUUAAUAGAUUGAGCGAGAAUGGUUACUUGAUUUUUUUUUAUUUUCGUAGAAUGCUUUUACAUAUCUAGGUAAAUUUAGAUAUUUUAUUAUUUAAGGACAAUAAACAGCAUCGCCGUUUAUAAACAAGAAGUUUGAAUGUAUUGUAAUUAAUUUAAAAAGUUUCGAUAAUCAAAUAAAAUAUAAGAUAUCUUGAUAACUUCUAAGGCGCAUUGAUGGAAACUUAAGGUGCUUUACAUUAAAGCUUUAUACAUGUUUACUUAAUUAUGUUAUACAGUUUAAAUAUGCCAACUUUUUUUGCAAAUAUCUAUCACUCGUUACAAGCAAUUUUCUAACUUUUGACAAAAUAAGCCUUACGAACAAUUUGCGAAAGUAUAUUUGAAGGAAGCUUAAGCACAUUUACGAAUUAAAUAAUUUUUUAUAAAACUUUUUUAUCGAAAUGGCAACCCAAAAUAAUUUUAACAUAUAAGUAUAUGUAUGUAAGCACAAAAGUUUUACUCAAUAAUAAUUUUAGAGACGUGACAAAAAUAGCAAAUUGUUAUUCCACGUGCACACGUCUUAAAACUUUCAAUAGGCAAAAACGUAGCGAAGUUUAUUAUGUAUAUUUUUACUAGUAUGUUGAAACAGCGUAAGAAAAAUUUAUUUUUUACUACACGUUUUAAACAGCGAGCAAAAGUAUCUUAAAUACAAUUAAUAAUAAUAACAUUCCUACGACUAUUUAUGAAAUGGUGUUCUGAUAUUCAGUAUUCUCAUUAAAACAAUAAGUAUUCAAUACAUAUGUUGUUUUUU